AUGGACGCCGCGACCGCGAGUUUGAUUAGAUCUCCCGUCUUACCGCAUAAAACUUCCGACAACGGUGCUGGAUCUAUGUUCCUUACGGCCAGUGGCCCUGGGUUCACGCGUUCUGGUUCGGGACUUCAACUUCGUUUAAGGCAAAACGCGUUCGCUAGACUCUCGAGACCGUUGCAAAGCUCAACGACGGCUGCUAAAACUCGGAGAAGUUUUGUGGUUAGAGCUUCAGCGUCUGAUGAUGCCUCCUCUGGUUCGUCAUCCAAACCGAUCGCGCCGCUUCAGCUAGAGUCGCCUGCUGGUCAGUUUCUGUCUCAGAUUUUGGUGAGCCAUCCUCAUCUUGUGCCUGCAGCUGUUGAUCAGCAGCUUGAGCAGCUACAGACUGAUCGGGACUCCGAGGGACAGAACAAGGAUGCAUCGCCUGCACCUGGAACCGACAUCGUUCUCUACAGGAGAAUCGCGGAGUUGAAGGAAAAUGAGAGGCGAAGGACUUUGGAAGAGAUUUUGUAUGCAUUGGUGGUUCAAAAGUUCAUGGAAGCUAACGUAUCACUUGUACCAUCAGUAAGCCCAUCUUCAGACCCGUCUGGUCGGGUUGAUACUUGGCCGACCAAAGUGGAGAAGCUUGAGCGGCUUCACUCGCCGGAGAUGUAUGAGAUGAUUCACAACCAUCUGGCCCUAAUCCUCGGAAGCAGAAUGGGUGACCUGACAUCUGUUGCACAGAUCAGCAAACUCAGAGUUGGACAAGUCUAUGCUGCUUCUGUGAUGUAUGGAUACUUUUUGAAGCGGGUGGACCAAAGGUUUCAGCUUGAGAAGACAAUGAAGAUUCUUCCAGGUGGGUCGGAUGAAAAAGGUAAAACCAGCGUUGAGCAGCCACAACCAGAAGACAUGACAUAUCAGGCUGUAUCGUCUCACCCAGAGGUCGGUUCAUUUGCUGGCGGAGUUAGUGCUAAGGGCUUUGGCAGCGAGAUCAAACCGUCCCGGUUAAGGACAUACGUGAUGUCGUUUGAUAGCGAGACGCUUCAGAGAUACGCCACCAUACGAUCAAGAGAAGCGGUUGGGAUCAUCGAGAAGCACACGGAGGCAUUGUUUGGUAAGCCUGAGAUUGUAAUUACACCGGAAGGCACUGUUGAUUCAUCUAAAGACGAGCAGAUAAAGAUCAGCUUUGGUGGAAUGAAGAGGCUCGUCUUGGAGGCUGUCACUUUCGGCUCGUUCCUUUGGGACGUUGAGAGCCAUGUAGAUGCAAGGUACCACUUUGUGCUGAACUAA